AUGGCGACCCAGAUCCCGGUCGACCCCACCCUGAACUCGGCCAAUACCCUCAAACUCGAAAAUACACACAACCGCGAUGUCCUCAUUGCCAUUGAGAAGAAAUACCAGCAAAAAUGGCAAGACGACAAAGUCUUCGAGUCGGAUGCGCCCACCACCUCCGAAAUCCCCUGGGACUCGCAGUCCGCGGCCGACAUCCGAGUUCAGCAACCCAAAUACUUCGGUACCUUCGCCUAUCCAUACAUGAACGGCACCCUCCACGCCGGCCACAGCUUCACGAUUUCAAAAGUUGAGUUCACGGCCGGCUUCAAUCGUCUGCAGGGCAAGCGCGUCCUGUUCCCGCUGGGGUACCAUUUGACCGGCAUGCCCAUCAAGGCCUGCGCGGACAAGCUGGUUGACGAUGUCAAGAACUUUGGGCAGAACUUCGAGCGCUUCAAUGAAGAUGAGGGUGAUGAGGAGAAUGGCGUUCCAAUUGCACCCACCCAGGAUGUUAACGUCAAGAAGGACAUCACCAAGUUCAAGUCUAAGAAAAGCAAGGCCGCGGCCAAAACUGUCAAGGCCAACCACCAGUUCCAGACCAUGCUCACCAUGGGCAUACCGCGCGAGGAGAUUCACAAGUUUGCCGAUGCCAACUACUGGAUGGAGUACUUCCCGCCGAUCGCGAAGCAGGAUCUCAUUGAUUUCGGGGCCCGUAUUGAUUGGCGCCGGCAGUUCGUCACCACGGACGCGAACCCUUACUACGAUGCGUUUGUGCGGUGGCAGAUGAACAGACUCAAGGAAGCGGGCAAGAUCCUGUACGGGAAACGCUACACGAUCUACUCGCCCAAGGAUGGCCAGCCGUGUAUGGAUCACGAUCGGACGAAAGGCGAGGGUGUAGGGCCUACGGAGUACACUGCGCUGAAGCUUAAGGUCAAGGAGUGGGCGCCUCAAGCGGCGGAGGCCGUGCAGGGAAAGUUGCCGAAGGAUGCCAACGUGUUCUUCGUACCUGCGACGCUGCGACCGGAGACAAUGUACGGCCAGGUUUGCUGCUUUGUGGGACCGAAUAUCAAGUACGGACUCUUCAAGGCGAGUGAGACUGAGUACUAUGUUGUAACGAAGCGAGCGGCGUGGAACAUGUGCUUCCAGGGCAAGUUCUUUCCCGACGAUGAGAGUAAGUUCCCAAGAGACCAGAAGGAGCUGCAGCCAGUAGUUGAGCUACCUGGUUCCGCCUUUGUUGGCACUCUCAUCAAUGCGCCACUAUCAGUGCAUACAGAGGGUGUGCGGAUACUUCCCAUGGAGUCUGUGUCCGCGACCAAGGGUACUGGUGUUGUGACAUCGGUACCGUCGGAUUCACCAGAUGACUUCGCGACUAUGCGCGAGCUGGCGAAGAAGGCCGACUACUACGGUAUCAAGAAGGAGUGGGCUGAGCUUGACAUGCCGCCCAUUAUCGACACCCCUGCCUACGGCAACCUGGCUGCGAAGCACCUGGUGGAGAAGAUGAAGAUUCAGUCGCCCAAGGACGCUACCCUUCUGGCCGAAGCUAAAGAUCUCGCUUACAAGGAAGGUUUCUACAAUGGCACGAUGCUUGUGGGAGAAUUCAAAGGGCAGAAGGUCACCGAAGCAAAGGAGAAAGUGCGCGUCGCUCUCAUCGAAAAAGGCGAAGCGUUCCCCUUCGCCGACCCAUCGGGCGAAGUUAUCUCCCGCUCUGCUGAUGAGUGCGUGGUUGCCAACAUCCCGCAAUGGUUCCUCAACUAUGGACCUAAUGACCCCACAUGGCAAUCCACCGUCAUCGACUAUGUCAAGUCUACCGAAGGUCUGGCGACUUACACGCAAGAGACCGAGAACUCGUUUAUUGCCAACCUCGAGUGGCUAAAUCAGUGGGCUUGCGCACGGACUUACGGCCUGGGCUCGAAGCUGCCCUGGGAUCCCAAGUUCUUGGUUGAGUCCCUCUCUGACUCAACGAUUUACAUGUCAUAUUACACCAUCGCGCACAUGCUGCACAGCGACAAGUUCGGCACCACGCCAGGCACCCUGGAUAUCAAGCCGGACCAGAUGACCGACGAUGUAUGGGACUACGUAUACACACGCACAUCUGACGCCGCUGCCGUUUCCAAAUCCUCUGGCAUUCCUGUUGGCAAGCUGCAUACCCUCCGCCGCAGCUUUGAGUACUGGUACCCUCUCGACCUGCGCUCCUCUGGCAAGGAUCUCAUUCCUAACCAUCUUACCUUCUUCCUGUACAUCCAUCUGGCACUCUUCCCCCGCGAGUACUGGCCCAAGUCUGUCCGUGCAAACGGUCACUUGCUGCUCAACGGUGAGAAGAUGUCGAAGUCAACAGGCAAUUUUUUGACCUUGUCGCAAGCCACCAAGAAAUUCGGCGCGGAUGCUACCCGUAUUAGCCUCGCUGAUGCUGGUGAUGGCAUGGAAGACGCCAACUUUGAGGAGAAGGGCGCCAAUGCUGCCAUCAUGCGCAUGUACACGCUCAAAGAAUGGAUUGAGGAGACUCUGAAGUCUUCCGACCUGCGCACGGAGUCUGGUUCAGUUCUAUGGGAUCGCCUCUUUGAAGACGAAAUGCAUCUGCUCGUCCACGAGGCCGAGUCUCACUACGCGGCCACGAACUACAAGCUUGCUCUGAAAUCUGCGCUCUAUGACUUCCAGUCGGCGCGAGACUUCUACCGCGAGGCGUGUCUGUCAUCCGGUGUGGCGAUGUCGCGGCCCGUGCUCGAGAAAUACGUCGAGCUGCAAGCCCUCAUCAUGUCCACCAUCACCCCUCAUUGGGCCGAAUAUAUGUGGCGUGAGGUUCUGCAAAAAGAGACCUCCAUCCAGCUCGCGCACUGGCCGCAGGUACCAGAGGCAGACCGUAACCUCAGUGCCAUGCGCGAGUACGUCAAGAACACGUCUUCAAGCAUCACAUCUGCAGAGGCGCAGGCCGCGAAGAAGAUGGCCAAGGGAAAGACGGCGGCAUUCGACCCCCGCAAGCCCAAGCAGCUCACCAUCUUCGUGGCCGAGGACUGGCCUGCCUGGCAAGAGAAGUACGUCGAGCUAGUCCGCCAGUUGCUGGACGCCCACAAGAUUUCCGACGGUCCAGGCUCCGACAAGGAGCUCAACGCGCAGGUGGCCAAGAUGGCAGGCAAGGGCCCCGAGAUGAAGAAGGCUGUCCCCUUCGCCAAGGCGCUCAAGGGCCAAGUUGUCGCUGCGCCGAGCGAGCCAGAAAAGCGCAAGGUCCUAGACGACCGCAAGCUGCCGUUUGACGAGGUCGCGCUCCUGGAAGACAUGAAGAAGGGCCUCAUGAAGACGACGGGCUGCCGAGAUGUCAUCAUUCGAAAGGUCAAGGAGGGCGAGACCGGCUUGCCCGGCAACGCUGAGAGCGCCGUGCCUGGUCAGCCGAGCACAUUGUUCGAGAACGUCGAGAACGAGCCUUAG